AUGAAAAACAAAGAAGUCUCACAAUCGACAUUUGACUAUUUGUUGAUGGAAUUGGCGAAUAGUGGGAAGAGGUCUGGUGAAGACCCCGAAGAGACAAAAAUACGAAUCAACCACAUUGGGUAUGAUGUAGGCAAGCGAUUGACGGAGAGGUUUUCCGAUAUCGAGAAAGCAGUCACGACCUUUGAGGAUGCCAUCAAAUACUUAACGGAAGCGACGUGGUGUUCUUCCUUUUUUGGUUCAGCGUCGUGUGUCUACACCGAGGCACAAAAAACGAUGCGGAUUUGUGUGAAGCAGUCGCCCUUUGUUUCCUCGAUUUCUUCAUUUUCACAAGCGAAUGAAGAGGAUGAUGUGAUGUUGUAUUACCUUAACUUCUUACAAGGCGUCUUUUAUGGGUCAUUAGAGAUGCGAGGGUUCAGUGUGAAUGUAGUCACCAAUAUUCUUCCCAAGUCGAACAAUGCGCUGUUUGAGUUAGUUGUUGUGUUGUCUAAUUGA